GGAAACAGAAACAUAGUUAGAAAAAUGUGAUCCUCGCGCAGGAAAGCUGGAGCACAGCAGAGUUCAGGAGUGGGCGGGUGCGUGCGUGUUUGUUUGUUUUUUUUAAGGGUGGAAACCCCACCAGCCAAGUUUGCAGAAAAAAAAUAAGUGAAGUCUGCCUAUCUCCGGGCCGGAGCCCCUCCCCUCGGGCCGCGCCAGAGGAGUGUGACCAGGGGCCGCUCCCUCCCACUGCCGAGGGUCAGGAGCCCGCGAGCGCGACCCUCGCCGCCGCCGCUCCGUCCCGUCCCCUCGUCCCCUCGGCCUCUGCCCGGCCCGCGCCCAGGACCAGCGGGCGAUGAGCAGCCUCAACGGCACGUCGCCGCCCCCCGGCUCCGAGCUCAGCCCAUUGAUAGCCUUCACCGUGAUGGACAUCGCCAUCAUUGCAGGUGUGAUCGCCGCUGUGGCCAUCGUUCUGGUUGGCCUGAUCUUCGUCAUACUAUGCUACGUGUACCGGCACAAGGGUACAUACCAUACCAACGAGGCCAAGGGCACAGAAUUUGCUGAAAGUGCAGAUGUGGCUCUACAGGGUGACCCUGCCCUCCAGGACGCCGGUGACAGCAGUAGAAAGGAGUAUUUUAUCUGAGGGACAUGAGACCUCACCUCCCUGAGUGCCUCCUCUGAUUCCACAAAGGAAAAUGCACCCCACCACCACUACCGGCGCCACCAGGCAGACCGUGAGAUCACCUGCCUCCUCCCAAGAUACACACCUAGAACACUAGGUGCCUGCCUGGGAAGGAAAAGAGGAGGACCCAAGCUGCAUGAGGCCUCUCCCAGGGACCCAGUGAGGCAGCGGCCACCCACGAGGCCAGCCUUUGUUCUGCCAAGGAGAAAGGAAGAAUGGGCACACAGGUCUCCCUGGGCAGGAUGUCAUCUCAUUGUCGUGAAAGUCCGUGUUGGGGUGAAUGGGGUGGGUGGUCCAGGGGCUGGAGAAGCAAGGAAGUGAGUCAUCAUACACUGACUGGGAUAAUGUCAGUCCUUGACAUUUGAGGGGAACAGCAGGUGCCAGAGCUAAAAGGUAUCUUUGUCUCCCAUUGAUCCAGCUCGAAACAAUUGGAAAUAAAUUUGAAAUGUAACUGA